CUGAAACGCAUAAAAUUAGUCGCUUCCUGUCUAGGUCCCUCCAAGUAAGCAUUUCGAAAAUGUUACUUUGCGGAGGCCGUAGAUUCAAUUUAUUGGCGCCAACAAUCUCACUCUCAUUUGGGACUUUCAUCAAACACCUUGCAGCUUCAAAAUCCUCCAGUCUUUCACUGACCGCAAAAUCGUUUACCGCCAGCGCAAGCUCAGAAGUCUUCUGUUCCUCCCGUUUUGAAGCGCUAAGUUCGCGUCAGAAAGAACAAGUGCAUCUCUACAUUGAUUCCCUCCUUGAAUGGAACCAGAAAAUGAAUCUGACUGCCGUAAAGGAGGAGAGCGAGGUUAUGGAAAGGCACGUUGAAGACUCGCUUUCAAUCAUUGAACCGAUUCGGACUUCGUAUCUCUCACAUUGUGGACCUUCGUCUGAGAAUCUCAAUCUCGUUGAUGUUGGAAGUGGUGCCGGGCUUCCUGGAGUAAUUUUGGCCAUUGCUUCGCCAGGUUGGAAAGUGACCCUUCUGGAGUCUAUGAAUAAGCGUUGUUCCUUUUUGGAGCAUGUGGUUAGUCAGAUUGGUCUAUCAAAUGUUCAAGUUAAAAGAGAAAGAGCUGAGAAGCUAGGCCAAGACGUAUGCUUCAGAGAGUCUUUUGAUGUUGCAGUUGCCCGAGCAGUUGCAGAAAUGAGAGUUUUAGCUGAGUAUUGCCUUCCUCUAGUCCGAACUGGUGGUAUCUUUGUAGCUGCGAAAGGUCAUGAUCCUCAGUCCCUGUUUACUUUGUCUUCCUUGAAAGUUGAAACCCAAAUAAGGCAUGUAACAUUUACUGGUUUACAGAAAAAAGAAGCAGGUAAAUGUUAAUUUUUGUGCUAGUUCAGAAAUUAAUAUUCUUGCAUUACAGGCUCACGAAGUCAAGAUUUUAGGCCUUAAAUGAGCCUUUUGCUGCAGUGUUUUCUAACCCAAAAACUAUUUAACUUAGGUCUGCUGCUUAAUACCAGAUACAAGUACUAACACACAUUUAAAAAUAUAUGUUGUUUAGAUGGGUUUGCCAUAUUAGAGAAUCAUAUCACAGUCCCAUAGCAAAAAUGACAUUUUUGGCUCCUUGACUCUGACAUGUUCUGCAUUUUUUGGACAUUGAGUAUUGUGUUCUUUUGGUUCUUUGGCUAAAAGGCAUUUUGAAAAUUUUUGUGAAAUGUUUUCUGAAAACUCUCGAGCGUAAUCCGUUCUGAAUAUGUCAAACCUAUUGUUUCUGGUUAAUUUACAAAGUGAAUGGAUGUCUCUAGCCAUCAUGUCAUGGUAUGGGUUUUGCUGCAAAUCGGUAGUGGGAUUUUGUUCAAUUUGAAUGAUUGUAGUGGUAUAUCAUAUCAUAUGCAUUUAUAACAAAAUUUUCAGGACGCACUAUAUUUCACUUAUCUAUGUCCAGUUUUUGCCCCAUAAAGAUUAAAGGAUGAAAUUUUCCUAAUGCCUAUAAUUUUAGAGACCAAAUGAUCAAGAAUAUAUGGUUGAUGUACCAAAACGCAGAACACUACACUUGAGGGUUCAAAAAUGUUAUUUUUUCUUCUUAAGACCUAGAGUGGAUCUGCGGUGGCAAUCUACUGAACUGCAAUGUGUAUCAUUGAAGAAAUAUAACUCAGUAUAAAUUUGUAGGAUGUAUUUGCAUUUGAGAAGAGAAACGAUUGGCAUGUAUUUA